ACACCAACGAGCAUGUCUCCUCCGCGUGCUUCUCCCUCUCUCCAUCUUCACCAUCAUCAUCGUCAACACAGCUAGCUACACAGCCACAUCCUGCUAACCGUUACGUUGUUUUGUUUUUGUUGUUUUGUUUUUUUGUUGUCCUCCAUAAAUCUUCCAACCAUCACCUCCACGCCGAACGCAGACCAGCCCAGAUCCCAAGCUGGAGAAGGGGUAGCCUCAUCCAACGCCAGGAUUCCCAGGAUGAAGACCAGACUGGGGUGCCUGUCCCACAAGUCGGACUCCUACACCGACUUCAGCGAGUUCCUGCCCCCAGCUCACGAGACCACCGCACGAUGUCAGAAGCUGUCCACAGACGAGGUGGUGCGGUGGUCCGAGUCUUUCAACCAACUCAUCUCGCACAAAUAUGGGCUGGUGGUGUUCCGCACUUUCCUGAAGUCGGAGUUUAGUGAUGAGAACAUUGAGUUCUGGAUGGCCUGUGAGGACUACAAGAAGGUCAAGAACUCCACUAAACUGGCCUCCAAAGCCAACAAGAUCUACAAGGAGUUCAUUGACGUGCAGGCUCCAAGAGAGAUUAACAUUGACUACCGCACCAGGGAGAGGACCAAGCAGACCCUUCUGAUGGAGCCCACCCCGACCUGCCUGAAUGAGGUGCAGUCCAAAGUCUACAGCCUGAUGGAGAAGGACUCAUACCCACGCUUCCUUCGCUCCAAAAUGUACCAGGACAUCGUGAACCGUGCACACGCGCAGGGCCAGAGAAGAUCUGUCUAAUACCAAAUACCCCCAUAGCAUGGACUAUACUGCCGCACUGAAAUCAAAGGGAGGGCUAUGGGUGGAAAUG